GUAGAUGGCGAAACUUUACGGAAUGAAGUACGCGCGUCGUUGACAUACAACGGAGUGAACGUGUUCCGACUUCGAUCGAUGUUUCUUCUUCAAAGGAACGAGGAAAGUUGGACGAAACUACAAACAACGAUAUGGAACCGCAAGACGUUUAUUACAGCAAAGCAGAAUACGUGGAAACGGCAUCGGGGAAUAAAGUGAGUAGACAGACAGUGUUAUGCGGAUCGCAGAAUAUCGUGUUGCACGGGAAAGUGAUCGUACAAUCGGACGCUAUUAUCAGAGGCGAUUUGGCGAACGUGAGGACGGGACGUUAUUGUAUCAUCAGUAAGAACGCCAUCAUAAGGCCGCCGUUCAAAAAGUUCAGCAGAGGCGUUGCCUUCUUCCCUCUGACGAUGGGUGAUCACGUUUUCGUAGGGGAAAGAGCAGUGGUUAACGCAGCCAUCGUCGGUUCUUACAUAUAUAUUGGAAAAAAUGCAGUAAUCGUACGAAGGUGCGUUCGCGCGCAAUUCUCCGAUUGGUGGAAUCGAGCCGUGAACGUCAGAUGGCGCUGGUGCGUCCAACGAGAGGAAGGGAUUGACAAUGCUUGCACGACGAUUGGUCGAAAAGACCUAAUUGCUCGGACGAUUCGCUUCAUCACACCGCUCCCCGCUAUUCCCCGUUGGGUUCCAUGGUUCCCGGCUUCACACCGACCGAACUAGCAUGAAGGAGAAAAAGAGAAAGAGGCAG